AUGUCGCAGUUCUGGAAACCAGGGGCCGAGAAGCCUCGCCUAGUCGACGACGAAGAGGGAGGCGUCCUUUUCUUCUCUUCCCCUUCUGGGUAUGCAAAUAUUGAGAGGCAGAGGCAGAGGCUUCCCGUGUACAAGUACCGCACAUCCAUUCUCUAUUUGGUGGAGACUCACGCCACUACUAUCAUAGUUGGCGAAACGGGCAGCGGAAAAAACCACUCAAAUUCCUCAGGUUCGCUUCUUUUGCUGUGUGCUUAA